UUUUAGAGAGAGAGAGAGAAAGAAAGAUAGAGAGAGAGAGAGACAAAAGGAUUCAGACAGACAGCGGCGUCGUCUCCCUUUCUCUCUCCACCAUUGUCUGUCGAUUUCUACCGCCACUGACUUUUCUCCGAUCGCAAUUCUUACUUUUCUUUCACCUCUUCCUCAACCCAACCCCACUGUCUCUUUCUCCAUCCAUAGCUCGAAUUUUGACUUUCUUUUGAGUUUCUCACUCCUCCCGUCAGAGGAGGAGGAGGAGGAAGAGGAGCAGAAUUUCGAUUUUUGUUUGUUUGUUUGUUUCUACGUAUAAAUUGAAUUUCUUCUCCUCGAUUUCGAACAGAGUCUUGAUUUUACUCAAGAAAUCGAAUGCCUGACUGAAUUCAGUUCAAUGAAGUUGCAGCAGAAAUGGCGGAUCAGUGGCGUAGGGCAGCCUCCAUUAUUGUACUGUUCUUCUUCUUCUUCUUCGAUUUCGCCGUUCAGCAGCAGCAGCAGAUAUUUCAGACGUCUUGGCAGGAAAGGCUGUCGUUGAUUCAAUUGAGAUCUUCGUUAGGAAUUAGGGCUCGCGAUUGGCCGGUGAAAUCCGACCCCUGCGCAUCCUGGCGCGGCAUCCAAUGCUUUAACGGAAGCGUUACGGCGAUCAACGUCGCCGGAUUCCGCCGUACGCGGCAGGGGAAUUUGAAUCCCCAAUUUUCCGUCGACGCUCUCCGCAACCUCACUCGGCUAUCGUCUUUCAACGCAUCGAAUUUCGCCCUCCCCGGCCGGAUUCCCGCCUGGUUAGGCCUGCAGCUUAAUGCCCUCAAGGUGUUCGACGUAAGGUCUUCUUGGAUUUCCGGCGAUAUUCCGAUUACUCUUGGGAACUUAUCUUCGUUAACUGAAUUAUACCUGUCAGAUAACAAUCUUACCGGCGUAAUUCCGGCGAGUUUAUCUCAGCUUCUUAGAAUCUCUGUUCUUGAUCUUUCCGGCAACUCGUUGACAGGCUCGAUUCCUUCUGGAUUUGGGAGGCUGUCUAUGCUGCAGACGUUGAAUCUUUCCGGCAAUGCCUUGUCGUCGUCGAUCCCUCCGCAGCUCGGCAAUCUUUCGAGGCUUGUUGACCUCGAUCUCGGAUUCAAUUCGCUGUCGGGGGCAUUGCCGAUUGAAUUCCGCAAUCUGACGAGCUUGCAGCGUAUGAUUCUCGGUGAUAAUUUGAUCGCCGGGGAGCUGCCAGACGAUUUGUUUCCUCGGUUGACCCGUUUGCAGUCUCUGGUUUUGCGGCGCAAUCGUUUUAGCGGGGAUUUGCCGCACGUGGUGUGGUCGAUUCCUACUUUGGAAUUGCUCGACGUGUCGGGGAAUAUGUUUACUGGCAUGCUGCCAAAUGUCGGGUCGAAUGCUGUCGCCGCGACGGCAUUGGCGAACAUUUCUUGGAAUUUGUUCUACGGGAAUGUUACGCCAGCGAUCGCGCGGUUCGGAUUCGUUGACAUUUCGGGAAACUAUUUUGAAGGCUCGGUUCCAAUUUUCGCACGUGGCGGCGGCAAUGCGUCUCUCGUGAAGAAUUGCCUCCGAAACACGCCGAGUCAGAGGGGCGUUGCGGAAUGCGCCUCAUUUUAUGCCGACAGGAAUUUGGUUUUCGAUAAUUUCGGAAACCCGAACCCGGCGCAGCCUCCGCCGCCUGGAUCGAAGAAGAAGAGCAACAGCUCGACGAUCAUCUAUGCAUCGGUUUUCGGAGGCGUCGGGCUUCUUUUGCUCGUGUUUGUUCUGAUUUUGAUUGUCGUCGUUGCGUGGAAGCGCCGGAGUGGUGCGUCGAACCAGAGGGGGAUAAGCGUCGGGCCCGUUCCCCCCGGUGGGAGUCCUUCGCCCCCCGGUUUGCCGUCGAACCUUUCGACUGUCGGCGAUGCGUUUACGUACCAACAGAUUCUUCAAAUGACGGGAGAAUUCAACAACGAGAAUCUGAUCAAGAGAGGUCGAACGGGGGAUUUCUUCGACGGGGUUCUUGAAGGAGGACUUAUGGUGGUCGUCAAAAGGAUCGAAUUGAAUUCGUCGUCGGUCAAGAAGGAGUCGUCGUACAUGUCAGAAUUGGAUCUUUUCAGCAAGAUUACGCACCCUAGAUUGGUCCCUUUCUUAGGGCACUGCUUGCUGAAUGAGAAUGAGAAGUUUCUCGUCUACAAACGCAUGCCGAACGGCGACCUAUCCAGCGCAUUGUUCAAGAAAAUGACAUCCGGUGACGGUUUGAAGUCUUUGGAUUGGAUCACACGACUCAAAAUCGCUAUCGGAGCUGCCGAGGGCCUCUCCUAUCUCCACCAUGAAUGCUCGCCACCGCUCGUCCAUCGGGAUGUUCAAGCCAGCAGUAUACUACUUGAUGAUCGAUAUGAAGUUCGAUUAGGAAGUUUGGGCGGAGUUUGCGCUCAAGAAGGCGAUUCACAUCAGAAUAGAAUCACUAGAUUGCUACGGUUGCCACAGUCGUCCGAGCAAGGUAUUUCGGGCAACGCUAACGCAUCGUGCGCGUACGACGUCUACUGCUUUGGGAAGGUCCUACUCGAGCUCGUAACUGGAAAGCUUGGAAUAAGUUCGAAUUCGAGUUCGUCGGCGGACCCCGCCGUCAAGGAGUGGCUCGACAAAACUCUCCCAUACAUCAGCAUCUACGACAAGGAGCUCGUCACCAACAUCAUCGACCCGUCGUUAAUCAUCGACGAGGAUCUUCUCGAGGAGGUUUGGGCGAUGUCGAUCGUCGCGCGGUCGUGCCUCAACCCCCGCCCCGCCCGCCGCCCCCUCAUGCGGUACAUCCUCAAGGCCCUCGAAAAUCCUCUAAAGGUAGUCCGGGAAGAGCACGGCGGCAGCUCCACCCGGCUCCGGACAGCCUCGUCCCGAAGCUCGUGGAACGCCGCCGCCGUCUUCGGCAGCUGGCGGCACAGCUCCUCCGACGUGGCGGCAGCUCCCGCCGUCCUGUCCCGACGAGGAGUCGAACCCGCCGGCAGUUUUAAGCAGUCGGUGACAACGACAGGGUCGCAGGGAAGCGGGCAUAUCGGAGACGGGAACGGGGUUUCGCCGUCGAGUAGGCGGAAUUCGAAGGAGAUAUUUCCCGAGCCCGUCGAGGAGGAUCGGGAAAACGAUCGGGGUUGACGUCGACGUGAUUCUGGUCGAUCUUUUUUUCGAAUAAUGCGGUCUGCUCGACUCCGGCGAUGCUCGGGAGGUAGUAUUUCUAUGUACAUUCUCGAUUCUUUUCGGAUAAAGGGGUUCGGGUUUUCGGGUCGGGUGGGGUUUGGGGAGAGGGAGAGCUGCCAUUGUUGUGGAAAUGAAGGCUUUUUUUUUUGUUGUUGGCUGAAUUCGGACAGGAGAGAUUGAUUCAGAUUGUGUUGGAUUUAGUCGUUGGUUGUUGUUGUUUUUGUUUGGUGAAUUUUAGGGUGUCUUCGAUUCGAAAGAAGCUAUGAUUCUUUGCUUUAGUCUUUUUGGGACUUUUUGGCCGUUGGCGAAGUUGAACUGUAAAUUUAUUUUAUUUUUUUGUUGUGCUAUAAUUUCAAAGCAUAUGUUGGGAGGCUUUCUUUUCAUA